AGUGGAUUAAAAAAAACUGCCUCUAUAGUCUAUGUAAGUGAUGACGCAAUCAUAGCAAGUAUGCAUUUAUUUUAAGGAGAAACCUUGUAAGAAAGCAAAGCGAAGAAGACCGCUAGUCGUAAUGCCAUCAAAGUGGGUGGGCACACUUCCUAAGUAUAAGUAUGGAAACAACCUCGUCUCGUCCUAACGGAUUUCUACUACAGAGGAGACGGAGAUGAGCGGUAACAUUAUGAGAACACAGCACGCAAUGAAAUUAAAUGUGCUCUUCGCCAUUUCCUUCUCCUGGGCGUUCCACGAGGUCCCACCCCCUAAGUACCAGCACUACGACCCCUUGACCUCUGAACUCCUCCUGUGUGACCAGUGUCCGCCCGGCACGGCCGUCCUGACCCACUGUACCGCCGACACCCCCACCACCUGCUCGCCGUGCCCCGACCGGUCCUUCUCAGAACACUGGCACUGGGGCGACAGCUGCCAGUACUGCACGACGGUCUGCAAGGAGAGGCAGCUGGUGAGUCAAGAGUGUAACAGCACCCACGACCAGCUGUGUGAGUGUAUCCCAGGCUACCACCUGGUGGUGGAGUUCUGCAUCAAACACACUUCCUGUCCACCUGGCCUCGGCGUGACUGCUAUAGGUACACCAGAGAUAGACACAGUGUGUGAGGCGUGUCCGCAAGGCCUGUUCUCCAGCCGGAUGUCUGCCAGCGAGCCGUGUGUGCCUCACAGGAACUGCUCUGAGCUGGGCUUGAAGACCCUCCGACCGGGGACCCCCACCCAGGACACACUGUGUGAGAACGAGGCUAAAGGAACUGUCCUGGAGUGCUCCCAUCACCACACACAGUGUCACACUGACGUCUCGCUGUGUGAGGAGGCCAUCUUCCAGUCUCUGGCGUCCCUCCGUCUGUCCUCCGUCCCCCUGGAGCGUCUCCUGGAGAGCCUGCCUGGGAAGAGGGUGGACAGGAAGAGUCUGGAGAGGCUUAAGAAGACCUGCUCCCCCCAGCAGCAGAUCCUACUCCUGUUGAGACUCUGGAGAGAACAGAACAAAGACCAGGUUAAACUCCACGGCAUCAUUCAAGGUGUGAACCAGUGUGAGUGGAAGGUGUCCAGGUGUGCGGGUUUGAAGAACCUGACCCUGGGUGACCUGCUGAUGGUGAUGAAGAGUCUUCCAGGGGUCCGGGCUCACGAGGAAGACAUCAGGGCCGUGGUCUCCUCAUGCCGCUCCCAGCAGUACCUCCUGCAGCUCCUACACCUUUGGAAGAACCAGAACAAGGACCUGGACAUCAAUAAGGGUCUGGCUCACAGCCUGAGCAGGCUCCGGCAACAGGGGGCUCCACGCCCGCUCCUCAGGAGCAUCAAGAAGAUCAACCGGAUCAUCUCCACCUCCUCCAUACACAAGAUGUACGAGAAGAUGUUCCUCAACAUGAUCGAGGACGGGACCUGCUUCAACACCUAACCCUACAACCAAUAGGAGAAAGGGGGCGGUUCUAAGGGGGGCAGAUCUGGGUUUCAAACACUUAAAGAAUCUAUCAUUUGUUAGAGUCUGCCUGGAGGGUCAGAUGGAUGGGGUUUGCCAUUUUGAGAUGUUUCUAUUGGUUUAUUGAUCCAGACAAGCUCAAACAGGGUCAGAUAAAGGUUGUAAAUUCAUGUUUAAAGUAUUUGCAACCCAGGUCUGAUGGGGUGGAUCCUAACGUCCACUUAACGUCAAAUUUUCACUUGGUCUCCUAUUGAUAUCAAUGCAUGACUAAGUGAAAAUUCUAUUUAAAUGGAAAUUAGGAUUAGUCCUAACUGUGUGAAAAGCAGGGUUGGGGUCAAUUUAGUUGAAAUUCAAUUCAUGAGGAUAUUUUUUGCUUCUGUUUGUGAAUUGAAUUUGAAUUCACUUGCUGAAUUGACUGAAUUAAAAUUGGAAUUGAUUCCAACCUUAGCGAAAAGAGAAAACUAUUUAAAAUGUGUAUAUAGUCUGAUGUUUUCAAGGUGAGGUAGAGGGGUGAUAGGGAAGGGGGGUUGUCUUGCUUUUUCACUGUUUUAAAAGGAGGAGAUUUAUUUCAUAAUGAAAUGUUUCCUCCUGUGUGCAUUCCAAAUGGAACCCUACUACUUAUAUAGUGCACUACUUUUGACCAGGGCCCAUUGGGUUGUAGUGCACUACUUUUGACCAGGGCCCAUUGGGUAGUAGUGCACUAUAUAGGGAAUAGGGUGCCAUUUGGGAUUCCUCCCCCCUGCUGUUAUGUGUGGACUGCUGACAUGCAAAGCUCUAUUGAAACUGUCAAAACAUUUUAAACAUUGUCAGCUUUUAUGAAUGUACAAAGGAGUGCAAUUUGUUUUAUUUAAAUGUCAUUUUUCUUACCAAAUUUGUUGUAAAAGCUUAUUUUUAUCUCUAUAUUAAAAAACUGGAUUCUGAAUGCUGCAGGUUUGAAUGUUGUUAGCUGAAGGGAUGUUUUUGUAAAUCGUUUUUGUAUAAAAAGGUAUGGAUCUUUAUCUGGGAUUUUUUUGGUUUGACGGCCCUUUUCAAGCCCUUACAUUUGUGAACAUUAUGUCGAAUUAUCUGAUUAAAAUCCAUUUGAUAAAA